CGCUCCACUGCAGCGGUUCGCUUCAUCCGACCGCUCGCGUUUCUAGUAUUUUUUUUUUCGACCAAGUGGAGGCGGAUGACGAACCUCAAAGACAGCCGGAGUGUUAGCCCCAAGCGGGGGGUGUGCCUUACGUCUGAGUGAUGGGAGGUUGGUUUAAAGUGCAUACUUCAUAAAGGAGGUGUGUUUUAUGAAUGGUUUUACGAGGCAAAGCAGCGUCACCUUCAGCCGGCCUCUCUCACAGAUGACUUUUGCUCCGUAUUCGUGUUCUGGUUAGUCAGAAGAGACUCACGGACGUUACGGACACUUUUGGAUUCUCCAGUCCAUUUGCCUCUUCUACGCUGUCUCAACCGAGGGCCUGGACAUGGCUUGUGUGGAAAAUGGAUCCGGAGCUGCUGCCGACGAGGAUGCCUUUGAAGAUGCAUUUGAGAGCAUCCCAGUUGCUUCCAAAAUGGAUUUGAAGACUUCGAUAGAAGAAUGCAAUCUUGCACUAAAUCUGUUUUUGAACAACAAGUUCUCAGAGGCCCUGGAUAUGCUGAGACCCUGGUCUAAAGACAGCAUGUACCAUGCUCUGGGCUACAGCACCAUCCUAGUAAUGAGGGCUUCUAUGACCUUCGAACACCAAGACAUUCUUACAGGCAUCAGCACGAUGAAUGAGGCACUGCGCAUUUGUCAAAAGUUCCGGAAAAAGAACACCGUUGUGGACUCCAUAUCCAGUAUUGUCUACAAACAUUCAACUGACCAGCUCAAGGAAGAGGAGAUGCACGCUGAGAUCUGCUAUGCUGAGUGCCUGCUACAGAAAGCUGCCCUGACAUUUGUGCAGGAUGAAAACAUGAUCAAUUUCAUUAAAGGUGGACUCAAAAUUCGGACAAGCUACCAAAUAUACAAGGAAUGCCAGCAGCUACUGCAACUGACUCAGGACCUCACAGGCAAGAAUGAGACGUACACCCAGUUUGAAGGCGGCGUGAAGUUAGGAAUCGGAGCUUUUAAUCUGAUGCUGUCUCUGCUGCCUGCAAGAAUUCUUAGGCUUUUGGAGUUUAUUGGCUUUUCUGGCAACCGGGAGUUCGGACUGUCGCAGCUGCGGGAAGGGGUGUACACCCACAGCAUACGCUCGAUACUCUGCGUGCUGACUCUGCUGCUCUAUCACACUUAUGUCACAUUAAUUCUCGGCAGUGGUGAGUGCAAUCUUGUAGAAGCUGAAGCGCUGCUUGAACCCUACCUCGACAGGUUUCCAAACGGCUUUAUUAUUUUAUUUUACACAGCAAGAAUAGCUGUACUUAAAGGACAUUUUGAAAAGGCCGAAGUGAAGUUUCAGGAGUGCAUCGCCGCCCAGCAGGAGUGGAAGCAGAUCCACCAUCUCUGCUACUGGGAGCUCAUGUGGUCCUGCUGCUUCCGACAGGACUGGCUGGAAGGCUACCGCUUUGCCAACCUGCUCAGCAAAGAAAGCAGGUGGUCCAAGGCUAUCUAUGUUUACCAGAAGGCGGCCAUUCUCAGCAUGCUGCCUGAUGAAGUUGCUGCAAAGACGGGAGAAAACAUCGAGGAACUCUUCAGACAAGUGGAAGGACUGAAGCAGAGAAUUGCUGGCAAAUCGAUUCCAACAGAAAAAUUUGCUGUGCGAAAAUCCAGACGCUAUUCUGCUGCGACGCCAGUAAAACUCGUAGUGCCAGCUCUGGAAAUGAUGUAUGUCUGGAAUGGAUUUACAAUUGUGGGAAAGAGAGCCGACUUGACAGAGAGCUUGCUGAUAACCAUUGAAAAGGCCGAAGCAGCAUUAAACCAAGACCCACAUCCUACAGAAUAUCAUCCUGAUGACCAGUGCCUUGUCCAGAUGUUGAAGGGACUUUGUUUAAAGCACUUAGGCCGAUUUCUGCAAGCUGAGCUUUGCUUCAAUCAAGUCCAAGCCAGCCAGAAGAGUAUACGUUAUGACCACUACUUGGUGCCAUACAGCCUCUACGAGUUGGGAAUGCUCUACAAGGAAAGCGGAGAUUUCAGGAAAGCUACCAGCCUAAUAGAAAGUGCCCGACAUAACUACAAAGAUUAUUCCAUGGAAUCCAGGCUGCACUUCCGGAUCCAUUCCGCUCUCAGCAGCCUAAAAGGUUCCCCUGCCUCCACUCCCUGAGGAGUUCGCUACGUCAGUUUCUCUGCCGGCAGAUUUCAUCCGAUUCCCUCCGUCUCCCCACAACCUGCCUCCUCCAUCGGAGGGAGCUGCUGCAGGACUGCAGAAAGAGCAAAGUUACUGUCUGGCAUGGCUGGCGGGAGCGACUUCCAUGCCUUCGGGGUAAAACUGUGUGCCAGUAUAACGAUGGACACAAAAGAUUCUGGAAAGAUUUUUUGACGGGCCUUUUCCCUUGUCACCAUGCGCUGGAGUUGUCUGCGUUGAUUUGCAGCCUACAGACAGGAACUUACAUUUGUUUUUUCCUAUUAUCUCUGAAUUAUUUAAGGUAUAUAAUAAAAUCCAUAACACUCCUCCUGUAGAAUCAGGAAAUGAGGAAGCGGGGAAAAGAUAUUUUGUGUUAAAGCAGAUGGAGUCCGGAUACUCCUUUGCAAAGUGAAAGUCUAUUACAAGUGCUGGGAAAUAAAUGAUUAUAUAUAGAUAUA